AUGUUACGCCAGACCCGAACCCAUCAUCUCUAUGAAAUAUUGGAUGAAUUGUAUCAGCAAAUGAAAUCGGAACAGAAGCCAUGUAAGGUGAUUACAUCGUGUCUAACAACAUCGGUGGUGCUGCAGGAUCAUCAGGCCAUUACGGAGGUAUUGACAGCGAAAUUUGACAAAUUCCCCGAGCGCGGAUUCUAUGUCAAUAAAAACGACCCGUUAAUGUCGAACUUGGUGCGCUACAACUAUGACCUGUGGAAGCCCAUGAGGCGUAAAUUGGCCCCGGCCUUUACUCCCGCCAAAUUGAAAUAUAUGUUUCCCACCAUGGCCAGGGUGGGUGAGAAUUUUGUCCAAAUACUCUCCAGAGAAAUAGCGAAAGGUGGCGAUGACAUCCUCGAGAUGCAUGAUUGGUGUAAACGUUUCAGCAUGGACGUAAUCGGCACGAUUGCCUUUGGCAUUGAUGUGAAUAGUUUGGAGAGCUCCCAAAAUGAAUUGAAGCUACGUACGGAAAAAGCUUUGGUGGAACAUUUUCGUCCCUUUACCGAUCAACUUUUUGUAAAAUAUCCUCGAUUCCUGAACUGGUUGAAUUUUAAAUAUCAUUCUCGGCAAUCGAUUGAGUUUUUCCGCAAAAUUGUUCAAGAAUCCAUAGAGUAUCGGGAGAAGUUUCAAAUUAAAAGGAAUGAUUUUUUGGAUUUGCUACUCGAGUGUCGGGAUACGGAGGAUGAAUUUCAAUUGACCAUGGACAUGAUGGUGGGUCAGGUUUUUAUAUUUUUUGUUGGCGGUUAUGAGUCCUCGUCAACGGCCUUGUGUCAGGCUCUGUAUGAGUUGGCCAAGAAGCCGGAGUUACAAGACAAGGCCAGAGCGGAGGUACAAGAGGUGGUGACAAAUAACCAAGUAGCCUAUGAAGAUUUAAAGGCCCUAAAAUAUAUCAAACAGGUACUGAUGGAAACUCUACGCAAAUAUCCCAUUGUCCCCGGGAUGCUUCGUCUCUGCCGUGAAUCAUGUUCGCUGAAUACUCGCGUUGGUCCGUUGCAAAUACCCGAAGGUGCCACUAUUAUGCUGCCCAUUUACAGUGUACAUAAUGAUCCUGAUUUCUAUCCUAACCCUCAUGAAUUUCUUCCCGAAAGAUUUGAAGAAUCGUCGGAGAAUCAAAGACCAGCACACACCUUCCUAAAAUUUGGUGAUGGUCCUCGGAAUUGUAUUGCCUCGGGUUUUGGUAUGACAGAAUUGUUAUAUGCUUUGUCUACCUUGCUGGUGAAUUUUCGAUUUUCAUUGACCGAGCGGAGUCCGAAAGUUAUUGAAUUCGAUAAAAAUACCAAAUAUAUAGCCAGCCUUAAGAGUGGUAUUUACUUGAAGGUGGAGAGGAUUUGA